AUGGGUGGAAGUAUACAUUUCUCCUUGUUUAAAGCUAUUGACUAUAUGAAUACAAUGAGGUUUGAUGAAUGCAAAAAAUCCGCUUUCACUUUUUGCUUGAUUCCACAGACGAUGCGUAAUGUAAGCCAUCCGGAAGACAUUAUAUUAGCCAAGCAAUAG